AUGCAUCAGCUUUCACCAGAUACAGUGACAGUCUUGCCAAACAACAAGCGAAGGCGUGUAGACUCGCCAAUGAAACAUCAGACUGGUUUCAAGUCCAUACCAAAACGUGUGCCUACUCUAGGAACGGCAUCUUCACAGGACGGCUCGUCAAUUGACUUGUCACAACAAACACCAAUGGGCUUCCUACCACAAACGGAAAAGGACUGUCAGAGACUUGACGAAUGGGUCGAAAAGCUGGACGAAUCGACAGUACGAAGAGUCCUGAAGGAGGCUGCCAUGUUGCACCCCGGCAUGUAUACUUCAGUCUGGACCGAGAAACGUCUGUUAGAGCUAGCACAAGCCGACGCCAAACGCCGCUUGGAGAGAGAAGAGCAGAUCAAAGUUCUCAAUUUCUCAAAACAAAUCCAAGGAGUCAAUUAUACAACCAACAACAAGUUCAGAAGCUUACGUACUUCCAAACAAUACGAGCUCGCGGGAGAAGCGGAAGGUUCUGUGCAAUACGACAUGAAGAAAAUCUGCGCUCAAAUUUGUCCAGAAAGCACACAAGACAACAAGACUAAAGCUGUUCUGGCAUUGUGUCGUAUUGAAUUUAUCGUAGCGUAUGGAGGAGGUUGUAUUGGUGUAGAAGUCAGAAAGAGUAUGGGACAAGAAUCUCAAUUUAUGGACGACCUCGGAAAGAUUGUUGGGUACAUAAGUGACUCCGACAAGGAAUACUUCGGCCGACGAGAAGAUCUUAUGACCAUGGAGACUCAGCCAUCUGGACUUGCAUCUCCACCAGAACUUGUGGGAAAUGUUCCAACCGAACCUCAGACUUCUGUCUCAUGCUCCUCUCAGACAUGUCGUCUAUGGGCAUCCUUCCACUCGAGUACCAAUCAACCUCCUCAAGCCACAGUCCGUAACAACCUCGCCAUUGCCGUUGUACGUCAUAGAGAUAUCCACGACAUGGUAGAAACAGAGUACGACAGGAUACAAAAGGAGCAACAAGAAAAAUCGAACGAAGACGCCAGUGUCUUAUCCUUCGUUAGUGAACACACAAAGGUGCAAAAGAUCCUCUACGAAGAGUACGAUGACUUCCCAAAUUCCAAGAAGCAGGAAAUAGUCUAUCGAGCUUUGGGCAACAUCAAUCAAACCAUCGUGGGGAUACCUGCUCGUGUGCGACCCACGAGUAACUGGAAGACAAAGUUCAAUGCCUUUCUUACCCUCCUCUGGAUUGGAAGAGGGAUAGUAGAUAGCAUAGGCAUGCUUCCGAAUGCGAUCAGGGCACAGAUGGCCUUCGGCUCUAAACUCGUGGAAGCGAUCGACGAUGUUUACGAGACAAUGAAGCAUACUCAACCGGGAUUUGGCGAAGACGAGUACGACGAUGAUGAGUCCGACGACGAUGAGUACGAUGAUGAUGAGGAGGACAGAGAGGACGAGAGCGAGCCCGAAACAGAGCCCCUCAGCUUCUCUAAGAGAGAAAAUCGGAUCCGUUACAUUCUCUACGGCAAACACACACACCUGCGUGACUCACAGCAAGAUGCCAUCACCUACGAUGCCUCAAGUAAAAUCGAGGACCAAAUCCAGAAAAUCUCUGACCAGAUCCAACCUGAAAGCUUAUGA